AACAGGCGAGCCAGCUCGGCAGCACGGGUCUAUCUGUGUCUCCUUCAAUAUACCUGGUACUACUCCUGUACGCAGAAGCACACACACUGAGAGCGGAACCAAUAUGCUGAAUCCCAGGGAACCUCCUGGCAGUUACACCGUCCCCACCACGUGCAGUAGGAUCCUGCUCUGUCUGCUUCCUGCGGCAACUUCCUGUGGUUGCCCCAGUGCUGAUGCCCAUGUGGAGCCGGCGCUAUCAGCUGACAGAACUUACCUCACUAUGUUUAAUGAUGAGAGGGACGUGAUUGCAUAUGAAGAUGAGUUGUACCGUGAAGAGUCUUCAAGUGAUGAGAGCAUUGACAGUGAAGUGGAAUGUUACCUGUAUAGCCAGGUGCACUAUUCCCAGAAUCUCAAUGAAGCCGACAUAGAAGAGUUGGAGGAAAAUGGUCAGGGGGUAGAGGUUGGUGUUUCAGAGAGGAUACAAAAUUUGAAUUACAACAACUCCAGACAGAAGGAUAGUGUGAUUGCCAUUCCUGACAGUGAUGACAUAAAGGCUUCAGACUCUUCUGCAGUUAUUAUACUGUCUGACAGUUUGGAUGAAGACAGUGUGUAUUAUUCCAAGAUUAAAGGGAAACUAUUGAGAACAGAAGAGCAACCGGGGAACCAGUCUACUCCCAAAGCAUCUACCGCUAAAAAAAAAGUGUCCAGAGUUCAGAGGUCAAAAUCUCUAAACUCUAGUAAAAGUUACAAAGGUGGAGUUGUCCAGGAAGUUGUUGUGAUUAGGGGAAGUUCAGAGGAAGAGGAUGUUCAUGUUGGGGAAGAAGAGCUGUCAACGUCAGAUAGUGAACAAAGUGGUGUGGAAAGCUGGAUGCUGCUGGGAAGAGCAAGAGAGGAUGGUGAUACCAGUAUUCAGUUAAAUCUUGAGGGAUGUAGACGUUUUUCCAGUGAAGGUGAUGGUGGAAUUCAGUGGUCCGUUAGUGAAAAAGAUUCAGAGGCUCAAAUCGCUAAUUAUUCGCCAUUCAGACGUGUGAACAACCGGUACUACACAGGAGACAAGAAUGUUGUGUGCAGGAACUGUAAUCGGCAGGGCCAUCUGUCCAAAAAUUGUCCUGUUCCUAAGAAAUUGCCGGCUUGCUGCCUUUGUGGUAAGCGUGGACACUUGCAGUACUCUUGCCCAGCCCCUUACUGUUCAAACUGCUUCUUGCCUGGUCAUGGCUAUAAAGAUUGUACAGACCGACCUCACUGGCAGAAGAAUUGCCAUCGUUGUUCUAUGACUGGUCACUAUGCUGAUGCUUGCCCAGAAAUAUGGAGGCAGUACCACCUAACUGUGGUCCCGGGACCAGCCAAAAGAUCCAUGUCUGCCUCCAGCCCGAAGGAUGUAAUCUACUGCUGUAACUGUGGCAGGAGAGGUCAUUGUGGAUAUGAGUGCAAUGAGAGGCGAAUGUACAGUUCAGUAUUCCCCAGUUGUGAGCUUGUGUUUACAUAUGAUGAGAAGCAUGACAUCUGGAGCAGAAAGCAUAGAGCAAAACGCAAGAUUAAAGAACUUCAAGAAGCUGGACUCUUGCCAUCACAGAUUAGCGUAUCAAAAGUAGAUAUUUCACAAAUUCCAAAACGACAUUGGAAAAAGCCCAGAAGAGAUAUCAAAUGGCGACACAAAGAAGUAAACCAGGAAUUGUACACUCUGAGACAAUUAAAACAUCAAAAGAAAAGCAGCAAGGCUGUACACAGUCAAGAAAGAGAAGAAUAUUUUCCUAGAGGAAAAUCCGAUAAGUCUGGUGGGGCCAGAAGACCACAUGCAAAGAAAAAAUCUCAACACUUUUUAUUUAAAGAUGGUCGUAAGAAAGUGGAAGUAGAUGGGCAAUUAAAGAAAAACAAGAAGAAACACAGGAAAAGAAAGAAUACCACAGUUGAUGAAAGUUUACUUAGAAUUAAGCAGAGGAAAAAAAAAUCCAAGAAAGGUGUUGACUAGAAUCAGAACAGCUUUUAAGAAUUUUAUGUCCUCUGACUCACUAAUUUUAUGGUAAAAUUGGUAAAUUACACAAAUUCAAAACAUGGGACAACAAGGAUUUCCUCCAGUUCUUUCCUGAUCGUUGAUCUGAGUUUUCCACACACAAUUAAAAAAGGGUUACAAUGCCAAAUUAAUAUCAAGUUGAGAUCUGUGUAGUUUUUCUUUUUGAUAAGAGAUUAAAAUAAAAAAAUGCAACUUA